UGACUUCCAUUGAAACACUUUUUCUUUUCUCACAUUUGGACUCGUUCUCUACGACUUUCAAGUAACACAAUAAAAGAUUUAGUUGAAAAACCCUCAAUUACGCACUCACACAGACACACAAGUCAGAAAGCCCUGUCCAUAGGCCAUGUUGACUUUACUGUUUUAUUUGUUUGUUUUGUUUGUUUCCCUGAACUUUAUUCAGAGACUUCUUGUAGAUAAACGUCCUGUGUUGGUCGGUGUUUGGUCUGUUUGUGUGUGUUUUUCAGUUCAAGUUUCAGUUGUAGAAGUUGAAGACGAAGUAAGAUAAAAAAUAAACCGUGUCCCGUCGUGGGUCAGUUUUAUCAGCUGUUUCCGCAGAAACUCUCUCAAUCUGUGAAUCUAAGGUAAAGGUGGGUGGAGUCUAAUCUGACUCUGGCUCCGAGGCAGUCCGUUAUUAAGGAGAUAAAAUAAUACACGGAGUUUUACCUUCUUCAUUUAUAGAUUUAAACCGCCCUCGUUUUCUAACCUUUGAGGAUGAAUCCAGUUUGGUUUAUCCUGUCGAUCAUACUCCUGCCACUGACAACUGUUCAAACUGUCAUCUACAUGAAACCAGGAGACACAGUUGUCCUUAGUCCAGGCUCUGUGGGUGCUACCAUCACCAGUGUAACAUGGAAACAUAAUACAAACCUGGCUGCAGAGUGGUACGGAGGAGGCGCCACUGACUUCUACCGAGAUUUCAGAGGUCGCUGUCAACUCAAUACUGAAACUGGAGAGUUGAUCAUCCCAAACCUGACACUAGAGGACAGUGGCAUCUACACACCAGUGAUCAACAACAGAGUCUUGGCUACAACGGAAAUCAAGAUUAUCUCACCUGUUCCUCAACCAGGUAUCUAAGAACACUUCGGUCAACAGGCAGUGGCCAUUUACUCGUCCCUCGCACCAGAUCCAAAGAAGGGGAGGCAGCUUUUAGUGGAUAUGCUCCACAAAAAUGGAACUUUCCCGACACAGUUAGAUAUCCACAUCAGUAGCCAUCUUCAAAAUCAUUCUGCUGAGCUGUGUGUGUGUGAGUUGGUGCACAUGUAUGAGUUUAAGUGUGUAUGUGGUGAAAAUGGCCCACAUUUGAUUGUUUACUUGCACUUGUACUUUUCAGUUGAUUCCGAAUUGAUUUUUAUGUAACGGUUUGUGUUGUACCUGAAUAUCUCUGUGAGCCGUGACAAGGAAUUAUAUAUCAUAUAUCUACUUUUGAAAGAGAAUAACUGCACAGAAUGAGAGAAUAGGGGCUGUGUUCGGCUAAAACAUGGAGCUAAAAAUAAAUAAAUAAAACGCUGUUGUGGAGUCGUUAUCAUCAAGGAGUUAUGUUGGAGUAUUAGAGCAGACAUGUUGGUUUUAGAGACUCCUCCUCAUUUCAUAUUCUCAUGUAAGUCAACCAUGAUAAAUAAAAUUGAGUCUAUAUUUUGAAGAAAGUUAACCCUUUACUAGAGGAAGUGGAAAGUUGAAGUGCGCCAAAACUAAAUCAUAAAUAUGUGCUUUAUCUGCUGCCGAAGAUAUAAAAUUAUAGACAUAAAGAGAUUUUUUAAAAAAGAGUGGUUAAUUGAUUUUCAUUUCAAUUCAAAAAUUAAAAGCGAAAUUCAAAGCAUUGUUGUUUAUCAGGAUUUAAAAACCCCUUUGGCUUUUAAAUUUCUGUUUCUAGAAAAAAAAAACGUCCUCUUACUUUGAAAACUUCCGGUUGUAAAAUAUGAAUAAACGGGCACUUUUUUUUUUUAUGUGUAAUUUUCACUUUAUGUUUACUUCAUUUUUUAUUUUUGUGUUAUUUGUGUUCGUUAUGUCCAUUCGCGAAUAUUUUACUUUGUUUUGGUUUUACACGUGGUGGAGCUCUGUCGGCCGCCGUAGCUUCGCUCACUAUGUCAACACAAGCGGUUCUGGCUGCAUGAAUCCACGAUCACAGCCACAGAGGAUGGAGAAGCUAUGGAUGCUACUUGCUGCUGUCACUGUUGUGAUGACUCCGGCUGAAGCUAACGCCGUCUUCUCCGCGAAAGUGGGAGAAACAGUCGUCUUUAGUCCAGGCUCGGAUGUUGUUGACAGCAUCAAGACUGAUGAAAACAAAAGUAUGGCAUGGAAACAUGGAUCUGAUUAUGUUGUGGAUUUCUUUCAAGGCAGGGCUAAAGUCUACGAGCCCUUCGAAGGUCGCUGUACAUUGAACCCCACAACUUUUGAUUUGACCAUCACAAACCUGACACCAGAGGACAGCGGUCUCUACAGAGUACAGUUCAAAAGAGACUUGAACGCAACUGAACUCAGGGUUACCUUGGAUGACGCUAACAACAGUGAAUCUGGUUUAACUCCUUUAUCAAACCAAGAAUCAUCCAGUCAAGGACCAACAUCCUCUGUCCACGUGGAGAAUGAAACAGAGAAUAACAGUAACGGUCUCUAUUGGUUAUUCCUACUGCUGGGUCCGGGUCUGGGUCUGGCGGCCAUUGCUGGUUUCUUCAUUUACAAACACAAACAAAGAAAAGCUCUGCCACCAGUGGAUGACGCUAACAACAGUGAAUCUGGUUUAACUCCUUUAUCAAACCAAGAAUCAUCCAGUCAAGGACAAACAUCCUCUGUUCACAUGGAGAAUGAAACAGUGACAUGUUUUUAAUGUGUCCUUUAUGAGACGGUGAAUGUCCCGUAACUUAGUGAAACCAAUGAAGAUGAGGAUCAGAUGGACCAGUUUGGGUUUGGACGUCCCCAGGAGAACGGUUCUUGUGUUACUGCAUUGUGAAGUUUGGUGGAUGAACCACUUCCUGUUCCAACCCCCAAAGACACUGAAGAGGGAGUUUGUUUGGACCAAUCAAGUUCUUCCACAACGGAGUCCAGACCUGAACCUGAUGGAACAGAAGAUGAAGACUGUGAACCAGACCUUCUCCUCCAACAUUCGUGACUGACCUCACAAAAAGACUUCUGGAAGAAGGGUCAGAAAUUACCAUGAGCACACUCCAGAACCUUGUAGAAACCUAACUUUAAAUUAACUUUAAAUUAACUUUAAAUUAACUUUAAAUUAACUUUACAUUGUCGUUACAUUAACUUUACAUUGUCGUUACAUUGAUGUUACAUUAACCUUGCAUUAACUUUACAUAGACUUUACAUUGUCUUUACAAUGACUUUACAUUAACUUUACAUUGACUUUCCAUUGACUUUGGAGUGAACGAGCUGACUUAAAAAGUAUUAUGAUGCAAUAAUGAAUGAAUAAAUGAAUGAAUGUUCUUUGGUCGGAAUCAGGAAUCUUAACACACAUGUACAAAAAAGAAUGAAUAGCCAACCUGAAAGAGUUUACGCUGAAGUAUAGUGUACAAAUGCUAAAUACACAAAUACAAAAAAAACAUACAUACAUUCAUUAUUUUUCUAUACUUUUCCAACAUAUUAUUUUUAAAUUUUGUUUUUAAAUGAAUGUGUUUACUCUCCCGGUUGAAUACUCCAUAGUUUCAAUGUGAUACAAAAACUUCCCUCUCCGUCUCCUUCCCAUCAAACAUUCUUUUGAAUAUUUCCUGGAAGUAAAUUGUGCCUUGUUUUAUACAAGAUCUUUGAAUGGGUCGCACCCCACAUUGUGUCCUACUCUUCUAGUUUUCUAUGGUGCUUAUAUAUCACACUGUACUGUAGUCUCAUGCUGCCAUAUGUGACUUAUUAUGCUGAGGUGGUGCAUAUCAUUAUCAUCAUCACCAUCAUCAUCAUCAUCAGGGUGCUCUUAUAUCAGGGAACUUCCAAAAGCUGCUGAAGGUACAGAAAUCAAAUAAUAGAACAAAACAGUUCAAUAUAUUAGAGACAUUACUUAUGAAUGUUUUUGGUCCUAGAAUUGAUCCCUGUGGUACCCCAUAUGUAACGUGUAUGUAACAAACUGUCUAUUUUUGAUGUAGCUUUUUAUCCAGUUCAACUCUACUUAUCUCAUAUCUCUGUAGUAAAAUGUAUCUAUUUAUUCUGAUCUGUUGCACUUUAAAUGAAGUUGUCCAACGAGGCAACAAAAAUUUUCUCUAGUAUUUUAAUAUUUUUGAGUUUUUUUUCACCAGAUUUGUGCCAUGGUUUUAUUAUGCAAUAAAAUCAGAUUGUGGACCAA